GCCAAAUUUAUUUAUAUGCAUGUUAUUUGAAUAAUCGACAAGUAUAUUAGACAUACUGACUUAGAAGAGAAUCGAACCGGGUGCACCUGAAAGUUAACAAACAAAAUGGCGGUACAAACGAACAAGACGACCCUCAAUAAAUAUCUGGAGCUGGAGCAACCUGAUGGAAAAGUCAUGGCGGAAUAUCUGUGGAUAGAUGGAUCAGGAGAGGGCAUCAGAAGUAAAUGCCGAACUCUGAACUUCAUUCCUAAAUCACCUAAAGAUUGUCCCAUAUGGAAUUUUGAUGGUUCAAGCACAGCCCAAGCCGAGGGGUCGAACUCAGAUAUGUACCUUCACCCUUGUGCUAUAUUCCGAGACCCCUUCCGUGGUGGUGAGAAUAGACUGAUCCUAUGUGAUGUAUAUAAAUACAACAACAAACCUGCUGAAACCAACAAGAGACAUACGUGUGCCGAUGUAAUGGAAAAGGCCAAGGAACAUAAACCUUGGUUCGGAAUCGAACAGGAAUACAGUCUUUUAGAUUACGAUUCUUAUCCACUUGGGUGGCCCAAGAACGGUUACCCUGGCCCACAAGGUCCUUAUUACUGUGGUGUUGGUGCGAAUAGAGUACAUGGUAGAGAUAUUGUAGAGGCCCACUACAGAGCUUGUUUAUAUGCUGGUGUAGAUAUUUGUGGUUGUAAUGCUGAGGUCAUGCCCGCUCAGUGGGAGUUCCAAGUUGGACCCACCGAGGGUAUCGCUAUGGGUGAUCAUUUGUGGGUAGCAAGAUAUAUUUUACAUCGGGUAGCUGAAGAUUUCGGGGUAGUCGUGACCCUUGACCCUAAACCAAUGACCGGUGAUUGGAACGGAGCUGGUGCUCAUACUAACUACAGCACUAAAGCCAUGAGAGAGACGGGUGGUUUGGCUGUCAUCGAAGAAGCCAUAGAAAAACUCUCAAAGCAUCAUGUCCGCCAUAUCAAAGCCUACGACCCCAACGAGGGCAAAGACAACGAACGUCGACUGACAGGACUUCACGAAACGUCCUCCAUCCACGAUUUCUCAGCCGGUGUGGCCAAUCGAGGAGCGAGUAUCAGAAUUCCCCGCCAGGUGGCAGAAGAUGGCUAUGGAUAUUUAGAAGACAGACGACCAUCUUCUAACUGUGACCCCUACGCCGUCACAGAGGUCAUUAUCAGGACAACCAUCUUGGAGUGAAAAUUGCAAUCGCUGUGAAAUAGUGAAGACAAGACUUUUUGCAACAAAUUCUGCCAAAAUAUUAGCAUCAUUAACAUUAAAACUAUGUUUCUUACGUAUAUUUUGGUGGUGUAAGUUGCUAAUGCACAUAAGAUCAAUAUUUUAAUAUGUAGAUUUUAGUUGACUGUUUUGAAUCUCAGGUCUACUAUGUAGACUGUUAUGCGCAUGUACUUGACCUUUGAACUUUGACCCCAUCAUCCUCAUUGACCUUUCAAUCUGUCAUUUUUGUUGUACGUGUUGUAGUGCUUAAGUUUGUGGCGUCAUGUUUUGAUUCAAUAUCUUUGUAUGUACAGGUUUAUUGGUGCGUCUUGUGUAACCAUGCGUCUUCUAUAUGCAAUUAUACGUUUAAUAUAUCGAAGAUAACUGCAAACAAAAAUAAAGCGCACAAAGGCCUUAUUCUUUUUAUCGUUUAGCUUUAGUUUUCUUACAAGUGGCAAGGGUUUUUAAUAUUCAGGGAUAAUGUAAAAAUGAGGACAUAUUAACCAGUCAUGUAUGACCACAGUAUGGGCAAAUUUGGUGGUCUUAGACUUUGAGUAGAUGUUUUAAUUUUUAACAAUAUUAUAUUUAUACGUAACUUUGUACAUUGAGAAAUUUUAUUUAAAGUUAACUUUAUAAAAACUUGUUAUGUUUUUUCUCUCCAAAAAAUUUUUCUGUGUGGACCAAGUAAUCUGGUGAUAACCCCAAAGUAAAUAUUGGCUAUAAAGAUCAAUAGGGGGUCACUUCCCUUGAAAUCAGCCUUGUGUCCAGUUGCCUAAAGUACUGUUCACAUAUUGGUUACGUACACCACGAUUCAGAGUAACAAAAAAGCGGCUUGUCCAGUAGAUAAAAUCAUAAACAUUUUGUAACGUUGCAACAGAGACUCAUUCAGUAGAUAAAACCAUGAAAACGCUUUGUAAUGUGACAUAGGCAGUCGUACAUAGUGGGAGAACCCUAAAGGCAUAAUUUUUACAUAAUGUUUAACACGUCAAGGUAAAAAAGAUUGUAUCAAGGACGUUUAUAUAACUACAAAAUGUACUUUACCUUCAAACGGAAAUUUAAAAAAAAAUUUUAACAAUUAGUAGUGUUUGAUCUCUUGUGAUAUUUUGAAAUAGUGGGUAUAGCUAAAUUAAAGGUCAUUGUUCGCCAUA